AUCAACGACUACAUUCUCUCUUUCUUUCUCGGUCUCUUUUUGUUAUUAACUUUUUUUUCUUUCUGAUUUUGCUCGCGCUUCGAGGCCAAGAUUUGUCGAGGAGUGAGAGGAAAGGGGGAGUUUCAACUUUCAAUUUCUCUCUCUAGGGUUUCUAAUCGGGAAAAUCCAUCCGUGGCUCUGUUGCGAGAUCCAGGUUUUGAAAUAAAAGAAUUCAUGUGGAGACAGAUUUAGGGUUUGAGCUACAUUUCAAAUUUUCCAUUUCAACCUCGAUUCUAAAGUCAUAAACGAGCUUAGCGUAGAUUUUUCAAUUUUUUCUCCCGUAAGUAUUGAUUCGUUCUUAUUUUCUUCAAUAAUUCUUUCUUUAAACAAAUCCUCAUCAUGCUGUGGAUUCGUACCAAUCAUUAUGUCGGAAAUACGACGGAAAAAUGACUGAAUUUUGUUGUUGUUUUUUUCCUUUGAGCGACAAGGAAAGGAAAGAUAAGUGUUAUAGUUUUUCUUGAGGUGCCGUUGAUUGGGAACUUAAGAGAAAAAAGUUCAUAAUUUUGGGUUUUGUUUUUUAUACACCGAUUGCGAUUUCUUUAAUUAGGGUUAUAAUUCAACAUUUCAUUCUUUGACGAAUGUGAAGACCAAUAUUUGGGAUUGGUGUAUGAAUUCUUUUGGAGGACUAAUGAACUUCCCAUUUUGGAACUUCUCAAGAAAUUAGGAUUAGUAGAUACACUUAACAUUUGUUGCAAUUGGAGCUCAUAACAAGCGAAUAGAGUGUCAUUACCCUAUCGAAUUUUACAUUUUGAUUCUGGGUUUCAAUAUGAUCAACCAUGGGAGAUUAUAGAACUUAGCGGAGUGGUUGUUAUGUGCUGUCAUUGGAAGUCAAUCUUAUGGCACCAGCUAUUCCCAUAGAGUACACAGGACAGAAGGAAUCUGGAAAGUGUUCAUUUUCGAGAUUGAUGGGGAAGUCUAGGAAGCAUUCUAAGGGACGGAAUUCUUCUAGUUUCAGCCAUGAUUACAAGCAUGCUGUUGAGACUAUGGGUGAAUCAGAAGGCUUUGGGAGUUCUAGACGGAUUUUUACAGAGAUGACGGUGUCAGAGGAUUCUUGUGCACGGAAAAGGAAAUGCAUCAGCUUGAAUGCCGAUGGUUAUGAUAAUUUUGGUGUCCCCAUGCAAGUAUUGUCUCUGUCUAAGAUGUCACGACGGGAAAGAAAGGAUCUGGGAUUGAGGCUAAAAAUGGAGCUUGAACAGGUUCGGGUGCUGCAGAAGAAAGUUGGUUCUUUUGGUACAAGUGUUCUUUUAUCACCGUCUACUGAUAACAGGAGUUGCAGUGAUGGGAAGAAGAGGCCUCCACUAGAGAGUGUGCAUCAGUCAGUAGAAGAAUUGAGUUUGCAGGGGAAGAAACGACCUUUUGGAGGACGUAAUGGAGCCUUCACAAAAAAGAAUCCAUCUGGAUGUUCUGAAUCUCUGAAGCCUGCUGUGGCAGUGAGUAAUUCAAAUGCUCAUUUGAUGAAGGAAUGUGAGGCUUUGCUUAACCGUUUGAUGCAACAUAAUUUUGGUUGGGUUUUUAACAGCCCUGUUGACGUAGUGAAGUUGAACAUUCCAGAUUAUUUUACUGUCAUUAAGCACCCCAUGGAUUUGGGCACUGUGAAGAAGAGGAUAACUUCAGGGCACUAUUCAAAUCCUUUGGACUUUGCUGCAGAUGUUCGCCUUACAUUUUCUAAUGCAAUGACAUAUAACCCACCUGGAAAUGAUGUCAACUUCAUGGCCAAGACACUAAGUAAAUAUUUUGAAGUAAGAUGGAAAGCUAUAGAAAAGAAGCUUCCUGUAACGAAAAAUGUUGAUGCUGUGCCUUCAACAGCAGCUGCACCUAUAGAAGGUGAAACGAAUAGUAAUGUUUUACCUUUGAAAAAGAAAAUAAUUAACCCAAAAGAUGCUAUGGUCAAGCCAGAGCCCAUCAGACAGAUCAUGACCGAUCAGGAGAAGCAUAAUUUGAGCACAGAAUUAGAGUCUUUGUUGGUAGAAUUGCCAGAAAACAUUGUUGACUUUCUUAAAGAGCAGAGUUCUUGUGAUGGUCAAAUGGGUGAGGAUGAGAUUGAGAUCGAUAUUGAUGCUCUAAGUCAUGAAACAUUGUACAAAUUGCGUAAACUUUUGGAUGAUUAUUUGCUGGAGAAGCAGAAAAACCAGGCAAAAGCUGAAUCCUGUGAAAUGGAGCUUCUUAAUGAGUCAGGGUUUAGCAAUUCAUCAAUGCAGCCGUGUAAAGGUAAUGAUCAAGUUGAUGAGGUCGUAGAUAUAGUUGGUAGCAGUUACCCUCCAGUAGCAAUAGAGAAGGGGUUAACCCGUAGAAAUAGCAGAUGCAGUAGUUCCAGUGGAUCCAGUGGUGAAUCAGGCUCUUCUUCUAGUGAUUCAGAUUCUGCUAAGGCUUCUGUUCCAUUUAGUUCUACAAAGGAAAAUUUUGAAUCAGGAACAAAUAUGGAGUCAAAGAACGGAAGUGUUGCUGUUCCUGAUGCUGGAAAUCAGUCAUUAAAUGAGUUGGGUCAAGUUGAGCUAAACUCUCAUGAUAAGUCUAGUGCUAUUGAGGUAGAAUGCCACCAAGAGGAGGAGAGUGCUCCAUCUGAGAGGCAAGUCUCCCCCGAAAAGCUCUAUCGUGCAGCUUUAUUGAGGAACCGUUUUGCUGACACCAUAUUAAAAGCUCGAGAAAAGGCACUUGAAAAGGGUGAGAAGGGUGAUCCUGAGAAACUGAGGAUGGAGAGGGAGGAACUUGAGAGGCGACAGAGAGAAGAAAAAGCGCGAUUACAAGCAGAGGCUAAGGCUGCUGAAGAGGCUAGGAGAAAAGCAGAAGCAGAAGCUGCUGCUGAAGCCAAAAGGAAGAGGGAGCUGGAGAGAGAAGCUGCACGUCAAGCACUUUUACAGAUGGAGAAGACGGUGGAUAUCAAUGAGAACAGUCAAUUUAUACAAGAUUUAGAAAUGCGGUUUGCAGAUGGAGAAGACUGUAGAAAUAAUCCCCUUGAACAGCUAGGAUUAUACAUGAAGGAAGAUGAUGAGGAUGAAGAAGAUGAACCUCCCCAAAGUGCUCCAGAGCCAGCAAACGAUAUAGAUGAAGGAAAUCUCUGGGGAAGAAGUAAUCCCCUCGAACAACUAGGAUUAUACAUUAAGGUUGAAGAUGACAAGGAUGAAGAAGCAGAAGCAGCUCCUCAAACUGCUCAGGAGCCAGUAAAUGAUGUGGAGGAUGGAGAAAUUGAUUGAUGGUUAUUCUCCCUUUGCUUGUUUACCAUGGGGGUUCUGCAAAAUUCUGAUGAUGGAUCACUAUAUUUCGCUCCCUUUGACACCAAGAGCACAACCAUGGGGAGAAAUGAAGAACUGCAGAAGCAAACAUUAUCCUUCAGCUUUGAAUGGUCAUUUGGCAUAAUAUGGAUGGAUUUGCCUACUGUUUCGCAGAUCUUGUGAUUGACUUUGCUUUUGGAUUGUGCUUGAGGAAAGUCUUUUUUUUUUCUUUUUUUCUUUUUUGUUCAUCUUCUUCCUUUUGAGGAUAAUCAAGUAGAAGAAUCAACUUCCUGAUCAUCAGUUGGGAUCAGCUGAGAAGUGUACUAUAAUAGUUGUUUAAAGGUUGUGGCCUUUUUGGUACUAAAGUGGGAUUAUAAAAAUCUUUUUUGUAGAUAUUAAAUUUAUUCAUCUCAUGUUUAGCGCA